AUGGCGAGCGCGCAGACUACCGGUGCCGCCAGCUUCCUGAAACUACCAACCGAGCUGCUCGACCAGGUCGCCAGCCUCCUCCCCCGAUCGGCUCUUCGCGCACUCGCCCUGACGUCAAAGAAGGCGAAUGUCUCCGCCAUCGACACCCUCUACAAGAUCUACCUCAACCGCACUGCUCCCGCAAAGGCGCCCUUCCAUCUCUUCCUUCGGACUGUAUGCGAGCGACCCGACCUUGCGGCUAAGGUGAAGCGCGUCGACAUUCGCGGAUGGCGUUCGGAGUAUGAGGUCGCAACAGGAGCUGCGUGGCGGGGUGUGACCGAGGUUAGAGACGUCGACCAAACCGAGAAGAGUGGCCCGUCGUUCACGAGCACGGAGAAGAGCGUACGAGAUUCAGCCACGGCGAGGUUCAAGUUAUUCGUCGGAGCCGCAGUCAAGGCCGGUAUAGUCUCGGAGCCCACAUCGCCCUCCGCAUCGGCGCUGAAGGCGAGUAUCGUAUGGUACACAACACUGAAGGAGGACGGCGACUUUCUGCGACUUCUGGGACGGGGUGUGGAGGAUGCGCAGCUCGUUCUGGUGCUGGCUCUGCUACCCAACAUGGAGAACCUUCGUAUUGAUGGAUUGAGCCCCUUUCCGCUCCUUGAUUGCACAGCACUUCGGAAGCUUUCGGUGCUACAGAUCAUCGGCUCAAACACGAACUUGAAAGAGCCAGUCUUCAAGAACAGUUUACAGUUUCUCGAUAUCAUGCCUGAACUCCGGAUAAUACACUUCUACCAUGUCGCCGCUGGUGGUCAUAAAUUCACGAUCAAUGCGCUUUGUUCGACCAAACUCCAAUGUGUCGUCCUUCUCGAAUGUGGAAUAAAUGCUCGCCUCCUGCGUAAGAUCAUGCUCGGUCAGCGUCUGGUUGUCAUAGCCUACCGGCCUGGUCCAGCUCAGAUCGAUGCAGUUACAGGAUCCGAUAUCGCUCUACCAGCCCUCUUGGAUUCAUUCGCGCAUUCUAAGUUCUCGCUGCAGAAGUUAAUGCUCUUCCCUUCUAGCACUAAGCCUGAAAAGAGCAACCUCAAGAACUUCGAGAAUCUUAAGACAUUGGAAAUACCUCUUUUUGAUGUCCUAAGCAUUCCGCACGACGAGGCAGAGCCCGAGGCCAUCCACGCCCUCCUGAAAGACCAGCUUCCGACUAGCCUGAAUGACGUCACUCUCCGCUACAUGACGAGCAGUAUCCAGACCAAGAUGGUUAUAGAGCAACUGGCUGUGCUGAAGAUGCAAAACAUGUUGCCGGACCUCGACACAGCAACCUUCAAUUUUAUGAGCGCUGUGCCAUCGUCGUUUGUCUCCACGGCGAUGUUCAAUAUCAGUAGUUCUACGGGAGGAUUAGCUGCAGGCAUGAGCUGGGAAUCUCUACCAGAGAUGGAGAAGAUGGUUCGGGAAGACUUUGGCAAGCUGUACCAAGAGGCAGGCAUCUGUAUGGUGGUAGAACAGACGGAUUACUAA